AAAAGAUAAGAAUCAAGUCGUGUCAAAUUAUUAUUCACGAGUGGAAAAUUGCACAUAUUGUAAUGAUUCUCUUGGUGAUAUAUUUUCUUUGUUUCAGGGUUAACAUUGUGCAUACAGAAGACAAGAGGCUAUUGCUUAAUGACCCAGAUGUACUUGUAAAUCGAUUGAACCGACUGGAAAGUGUCCUGGCGGUACUCAAUAGUACGGUUGUCCAACUGAAAACAGAAAACCAACAACAAGCGUUAACUAACCAACAACAGGAACACACUAUUCAACAACUACAAAGUUCAUUGAACAAUGUUCAAAAUUCUGGAGCAACUUACAUUAUAUGGGGAAGAAAACAGUGCCCAAAUAAUAAUACAGAGCUUGUGUACUCAGGGUAUGCAGGUGGGGGUCAGCACAUCGAAACAGGAGCGACUGUCGAAUACGUUUGUCUACCACCAGACCCAAACUAUGUUAAAACUAGUGGUGGGGAUCAUGGCCGAAUGUACGGCGCAGAAUUUUACACCAAUUUUUAUGCUUCUGAUGCUGUAGGUGAAGACGUCCCUUGUGCUCUCUGUCGCACAAAUCAUGCUAACACAGCUAUAAUGAUUCCAGGAAAGAACACGUGUUACAGUGGCUGGAAGGUAGAAUAUCAUGGAUAUUUGUCAUCAGGACAUUAUGGUAAUGAAGCUGCUACAACUUAUGUUUGCGUUGAUAUAAAGCCAGAGUAUGUUAUAGGAGGCGUAAAUCAAAAUCUUGAAGUACUGACAAUCUUAGUCAAUUACAGAGCGCAUCUGUCACAUGCCGCAUUAGAACUCGCUUAG